AUGGCGGACAACGGGGAGGACGUCGCGCAGCUGCUGGCGUUCGGCGUAGCGACUCCGAUUGCAGAGCUGGGCCCCGAGCUCACAGAGUCACAGAAGCGCGUUGUUCGCGGAGAAGUGACGAUUACCUGGCCCUACAAUUCAGUGAACAAGUCACUAGCCUUCCUCCUCGCGGAGCCUGACGUCCGUUUGCGACGCGCCAAAGGUCUCAUACGGGUUCAGUUAAACGGCGCCAGCGCGGAAGCUGUUGCGGGCUGUAACCUCGGAGGAGGUGAUGAGGUCCUGCUGAGCUUGGACGGCGUCGGCUGGGAGAAGGACGAUGCGCCCGCCAGACCAGCGGGGUCGCGCUCUGACUGGCAGUUGAAGUUCUCAAACAAGAUCAUCCUCCAGGUGAGUUAUAUGACAUAA